AUGAGUAGAUUUAAGAAAAGAAAUAAUAAUGAUAGAGAAAUAUUAGAUGUUGAUGGUGAGGAACAAGAAGAAGAUACAACUAGUACUUUUGAUAGUGUCAAUGAACAAGAUACAUCUACUGCUGCUGAUGCUACACCACCAGUUACAAUGAAAAGAAGAGUAAAGAAUGAAAAUACAGAAAGAUUAGAUGCACUUGUUCAACAGUUUAUGAAUGAACAUAAUACUAGCAAGAAAAAAGUAGAGGACAUUGAACAGUCUCAUCCAUGGGUAGUCUAUCUUAAAAAGAAAUUGGAAAUGUUAUUUUGGAUUGGUUCUAGUUUAUACUUGGGUCAUUACAUUGAUUUUAUAAAUGUUAUUCUUUAUAGUUCUGAAAUCAAUAGAGUAUACUUUUAUAUUAGUAUAGCGGCAUUAUUAUCAUUCUUUUCAAUUUACAUUUAUAUUACCUAUAUUUCUAAAAAGGGUGGAGGCAAACCAGAGAAUUGGGACAAGUCACAUCCCAAGGCAGUACCAUAUGCUACUAUUUGUUUGGUCAUAUUUACAUUUGGAUUUAUCAUUGGGUGUUGGAACAAAUGGGGAUUCUUUACACCUGGAAUUCUUUUUGUAUUUUUAAUUGGAUUAUCUUAUCUUGUAUAG